CAAACCCACAAUUUUCAUACAAUGAUACAGUACUCCAGUCGUCUACACUAGAGGUCCCUUUCUACAUGUACCCUCCCCAUGCCUUCAGCAGUAUGCUCGAUUGUGACAUCACACAAGCGAGCAAUAUGAAACACACUCACGCGAUUUUUUUUAUAGAGAAGCUGGCUAACCAUCAUUUGCUAACAACACCAGAUAGGGCUGAGGUCUUUGUAAUACCUGUGCUGGGUGACUACAUAUCACGGGGUAUGUGUAAGAACAGCAUUGAUUACCAUAUUGACGAUAUUAUCAGUGUUCUUGACGAGCAAGGCUUCAUACACCACAAGAGACAUCUGAUAAUAUUGAGCGACUUCAAAUCAACAAAUAUGGCCGGACGUUUGCGUCAGAGAUUUCCACGGUUAAUUAUAGGGGGCAUGGAAAGUUGGCCUGGGACAGAAGGCUGGAUAGGGCUUGGCUACAGCACCCACUACGCCGUGUUCGCACCAGGAAGAUUCAGCAGACAACAGUGGCUGAUGAAAGCACCAGGCCAGCCCAGAAAGUACUUCAUAGAGUUUGCCGGUCAGGUCGAUGGGAGGAGUGGAUAUGCACAUCGGAUGGCCUUGUUUAAUUCUACAGGAGACAUCCAGGAUGCAGUGAUUAUUACAUCCACUAAGAGUGUGGAGGAUGUUGCGGCAUGUGAAAAGGACAGCUUAGAUCGGUGUAUGAAGAUUCUAUCACCUCGACAAAUGAGUGCGAUCAGAGAACAAAGCAACUUCUCAUUAGCAUUCAGAGGCGAUACACUUGGGGGUGAUCGCUUUCAAAACGCAAUGUCCGCGGGGGCUAUUCCUGUAACCGUGGUUAAGAAUGCUACCACUGAUCUACAGUGGGUUCCAUUUCCCCAUAUCAUCCCAUGGAACAAGCUAGUGAUAACUAUACCAGAGGAAGACUGGAUGUUAGAUCCGGUGGGGUGCAUCAACCAGUUGCGUAGCAUACCACACACAGAGAUAUUGGAAAGACAGGCGCUUCUGGCUUACUAUAGGCCUGAUUUCGAUUGGGCUGUGCCUAACACUCGAUACCAUGAGAACAUUCUGAUCGAAUCCGUCAAUGCCCCUUGUGCUGCGUGUACAAAGCCAUAAAUAUAC